AAAGCGAGAGAGGAUGAGAUAUUUGACAAGCAGCAUCGUUAAACGAGAAAAACAUUUUGCGUGAAAUUCUUUAAAACCCACAUAAAUUCCACUAAAUAUCAUUUGUUCUUCUUUAACUAAAGUGGAAUAGAUCGUGUAAUAUUCUAUUUGUGUAUCGGUUAUUCUAUUAGCUGAAAAUGGAAGAGGAAAAUGAAUAUGAACAGAAACGCACAAAGGACCGCAGCCCUUCACCGGGCAUCAAAUCCACAGCCGUCGUCAAAUACACAGCUUUCCCGAGCCCAGUGAGCUACGCUCGACUGCAGUGCAACACGGACUUGAACCUGCCACCCUCUAACUGGGGGGCCGCUAUAGACUCCUAUGGGCUGAAGCAGAUAUUGACGGGGACUACUCCCCUGUCUAGUUUCCGCAUGGCGCACAUGUUUCCCGACUGUGUCGGCGCUGUGGACGUGAUCUCGGGUGCGGAGUGUAUCAAGAAACUGUUGAAGUUGCCCUACCAGCCUAACGGGACCGUGAGCAUGAUGGUGCACCGCGUGGAGAACACGCUCCUUCUGGACGACUUCGACGUGUACGACUACUUGAUGAAAUCGGAGUGGGGCUGGCUGAAGGACUUCUUCUAUGAGAACAUCUUGAAGACCAUGUCCGAAAAGGAGCGGAUGAGCUUGACGCCUACGCUAACACACAACGCGUUGCAGCUCACACACAAGUUCCUGUCACACAGUGUGUGUGUGCCUGAGGCCAAGGGGCCUACGCCGGGGCCUACUCCUGGGUCCUACUUACCCGAUUCGGAAAGAUCUGACCCCCCCAACGAGCAUCUCUACAACAGGAAUGUCCUCUGGACCUUCGAGGACAUCCAAAUGCUCAUCGGAAGCGACCUUCCCAUCUUCGGAGACAAGGACAGACCUUGCGUCUCGCUCCGACUCAGGGACGCUAGGGAACCUAUCAAUGUCCUAACUGGAAUAGACUACUGGCUUGAUAACCUAAUGUGUAACGUACCUGAAGUCCUAAUGUGUUACCACCUAGACGGUAUAGUACAGAAAUAUGAGCCAAUGAAAACGGAGGAUUUACCUAAUAUGGAAAACUCUAAAUUCUCACCGAAAGUCGUUAGAAAUGUCGCUCAGAAUAUACUUUCGUUUCUGAAAUAUAAUGCAACUAAAGCCGGACAUACUUAUUGGUUGUUUAAAGGUCCACAUGAUGAUGUUGUUAAACUGUAUGAUUUAACUUCCCUAUGUCCGGACAGUUUGGACAAUCCGUUCACAACCCCGGUAGCCAUGUUGUUAUACAGGGUGGCGAGGAAUAUGAGACUGACGAACAGGUCGAGGCAUGUUAGGCAGUUGUUGGAACAGGCGAUUAACUUGUUGAAGGUGGAAAUGUAUCCGCAAAUAGUGGCGUCUUCGCAUUAUAUGUUGGCAGACUUGUAUGUGCCGGCCACGACCAAUCCGGCUUGUCCGGAUUUUAAAGAUGAAAGCUCAGACUCAGAAAGCGAAGACCCCGAUUUCGAACCAACAGAAGUCACGUCAGAGCGAGACACAGAUAGCGUAAAAGAUGAGACGGAAACAUUCAACGACGACAUCGAAGACAACAGUGGCGGCAACGGUGACAGUGGUGAUAAAAAUGAAAGUGAUGAAAAAGUCAGUGAUGUUAAAGUCAGUGAUGGUAAAGUCAGUGAUGGUAAAGUCAGUGAUGGUAAAGUCAGUGAUGGUAAAGUCAGUGAUGGUAAAGUCAGUGAUGGUAAAGUCAGUGAUGGUAAAAGUGAGUGUGGGGAUGGUGAUGGGGAAAAGGAAGAAAAAUCAUUGGCGCUUCAAAUGAGAGGUUUGGCGCUGAGAGAUAUUGGGGAUAAAAUGAAAAAAGAGGAGGAUAAUAAGCAUAAAGGUGGCGAAGCCAAAGGUUUAGGCGUGGAGCCUCCCGACCGCUGUGGGCACGCGCUGAGACACGCCCUCAAAGGGCUGCUAGCUCUGCACAAUGUUACCAUAGACAAGUGUCAGGAGGAAGAAAGAGAAAGAUUGAAAGAGCAAAUCCUAAUAGAAGAGCAACAUCCAAAAAUGGCGAAACCCUACGAACCGAUAUCAAUGAACUACGAACCGAUCAAACAAAUAAACAAGACCGACAAAGAACACAACUCACGAAGUCGCCGAAGAAAACGUGAAAAGAAAAACACAAAAAGCGACUAUUUAAUAGAAGCAAACAGUAAUAUAGAUAAAAAUGCAAUCUUAGUAAGAAAAGAACAGAAAAAACUACAAUCGUAUAGUGAAACUAAUAGAGAUGACAACUUCGCUUGGAAGUUACAUUUAAAAACAUUGCUAUACGAGAAAAUCUGCCUCGCAUAUGCUACUUUGGCUGAAUACAGCUACGCACAUGAGCAAUACGGUUUUUCCUUAAAAUACAUAGAUUUAGCCAGCAAAUGUCAAAAGUUAUUAUCGAAUAUGAUUAUAAAAAGUAAGGUGGUCGAUUCUAGUUGCCUUAUAGGCAGGGUUGGCGAUAAUUUCUUCCAGUUAAGUAAGAAUUGGCAUAGACUGGAACAUUAUAAAAAGCAGUUUGAGACGGAUCAUGAUAUUGACAGUAAGAUUAAGCUGGAAAUUGAGAAUGAUCUAGUGGAGGAGGUGGAAGGGGUUUUGACGAACGAAUUUGAUUUGGACAUAUCUCUGCCAAACAGCGAGCUGUCUUCGAUGUUGGCGUGUUGUUCUUACUAUCGUCUCGCUUUAGCCGCGACAAGCGACAAACGGGCAGAAUUACAACGGCGACUAGCGUCUGUCACCAACGAGCUAGCCGUUCGAUACAUGAACGACGCUCAACAAAUCUACGCCAAAUAUAAUGAAGAGGACCCCCAGGAUCCAAAAGCUCAGCUCCUACUCAAACAAUUCAACACUUUAUCGAAACGCUCGCUAGAAUGUCUGGACGAGGCGUCCGCCAUCUUUGAGGAAGUCAAUGAUGUACCGAACUUGGCACUGUUGUAUUGUAACAAGGGACGAUACUUGAGAUUUAAGGCACAUUGCGAUCAGGGCAGUUUUGAUGAAAAGAAGCGUAAACUAUACAACACCGCCGAAGAACUAUACCUCACUGCUCUGAAGUUAGUCGGGCGAGGCGAUACCGGCGGAGUGAGGGAGUUGGUUCAAUGGGAGCUGUCCUGCCAUCUGUAUACUAGAGCUGUGCUCAUGCAGGACUGUCCUGGGAGCAGGCCUAAUGAGGUGUCAGAAGUCGCAGAGGCGUUCAACCACGCGCUCAAAUACUGCCAACUGACUCCAGGCCCGAGACAGUACCUUUACCAGUUCCGAGCCGCCAUGAUACAUCAUCGCUUGGGCUCUUUAUAUCACUCGCAAUACAGGAUAACCUCCGAAGAAGGUCCGAAGCGGCGCGCGCUGCUCAACUCGGCUCGAACUAACUACAUGUCGUGCACACACAUGUUCGCGGCUUUAGAAGACGCCAGCAUGUUUCUAACGGCUCGGCUGGAACAUGUUGCUUUAUGCGAGUGCAGCGCCGCAGUAUCACCCAACCUCAAAUUAAAGUCCCUCCAAACGGCAAUCGAGCUUCUGCGGCAGAGCCACUCCAUCAUGCAACUCCUCAAACACAGGGAUCCUGAGGACCUCAAGGACACACCCAAAUCAGACGACCAAGACGAGAAAACCACCAACAACGAACAUAGCUUACUUUCCCUAUUUGAAAAUAGACUACACUACAUACUUAAAAGUAUCAUACAAUAUUGUAGGUCCAAGUCUAACAAGGAUUAUGAAAAAAUGACCGAUAUGUAUAAAAAAUUGUAUUCGGCUAGCUUGAAAAUUAAAAAAGAUGAUGAUAUCAGAAUAUAUGCUGGGAGCGUAUGCGAUGUUUUGGAAGCGAUGGAUGAGAUCAGUAAGGAAUUUGAGUAGUUUUAGGUUAUGAGAAAUAGGU